AUGACUUUAUCGAAGUCGAGCACGGUGGCAUAUAACGGCGUCAACACGUUGAAUUUUACGGAGCUCGGGAGCCCUUUCGAGGCUCCACCCGCGGCCGGCGGCGGUAGCGCGGCGGGCGGCGGUAACAGCAACGCGGCGGCACCGAACAGCUCGAGUGGCGGCGGCAGUAGUAUGGACACGCAACACGGGCCGCAGUCGAGUAACCCGGAUGGUCAUGGACCACCGGGCUCAGGUUUAAAUUCGAAAUCAGCAUUUAUAGAACUACAACAACACGGAUUUAAUGCGAUACGCGGCGGUUACCAGCAUUUUGCGUCCGCCGCGUCACAAGGACACCAUCACCAGGAUGCUACAGGAUUUCCGAGUCCGCGCAGUGCGCUUGGAUACUCGUUCCCGGCGAUGCAGAACACAUAUACGGGCUAUCACCUUGGCUCGUAUGCACCUCCCUGCGCCAGCCCUCCCAAAGACGAAAAAUGUGAUGAUGGUGGAUUAAGGGUCAACGGUAAAGGAAAGAAAAUGCGCAAACCCCGGACGAUAUACUCAUCCCUUCAACUGCAACAGUUGAAUCGGCGGUUUCAACGGACGCAGUACCUCGCGUUGCCUGAACGAGCAGAACUUGCAGCCAGCCUGGGACUUACUCAGACACAGGUAAAGAUAUGGUUCCAAAAUAGACGCAGUAAAUACAAGAAAAUGAUGAAAGCAGCACAAGGAUGUCCCGGCGGUCCUGGAGCUUCACUGGGCGGUCUAGGCGUUCCUGGUGAACAAAGUCCUCCAGGAAAUAUUCCCGGCAUGCAUGGAGGAAGUAGCAGUGGAUCACCACACUAUCUCGGUGGUCCCGGUGGUCACAGCCCCACACCUUCAUCCACCCCUGUAUCGGAGCUGUCACCAGGGUUGAGUCCGCGGAGAGUACCCUGGGAUCACAAACCUCCUCCCGGUCCACCUCAGCAACCGCCACAACCGCCACAGAUGGGCGGAUAUGUUCCGCAGUACUGGUACCAGCCGGAGUCAAAUCCAGGACUUCUGACGUAA